GUUAAAACUUUUUUAGAUUAUUCAGUAUCUACCACAAACGUUCUGAAAAUGAUUGGAAAAUCUCUUUUUCGUCUUUCAACACUAUGCGCAGCGAUCAUUUUAGUUGCACAUGUAUCCGAGACCGCAGCUAUAGAUGUUCCUUUAAAGCAGUUGGAAGUAUACAAAGGCGAAGAAAUAUAUCUACAAUGUGCUGUGGAUGAUCUGGGAUCAAAUACCGUUACAUGGGAAAAAGGUAGCAAGAAGAUAACAUCAGGUGUCAACAUUCUUAUAAAAGAUUCCAGAGUGACAAUUCAGAGACCAUACAACAGAGACUGGAACCUUUUAGUGUCGACAGGGCUAAAUCUUCCGACCAAGGAGUAUACACUUGUAGAGUCAAUUCCAGCCCGCCUCAAUUUGGAUCAGUGAAAGUUACAGUGGUAGAGGACAACUGAAAAGCUACUUAACCAGCAAUUAUGUUUUUCACAGAAUGAACUGUAA